AACGAGGGCAUCAAACUGACAAUUUGUAAUUGUUUAUAUGUAUUAAGUUGGAUUUGUGAGAGUCGGCCCAAUUUUAAAUUCACAAAUUAUAUAUUAUCUGUUUAAUGAAGAUCAUGACGUCAAUUAAUCGCGAUCCCCUCAAACAGAUUCAUCGUCUUUGUCUUUUUAGUGGAAUAGCUAUUUUCCCUUCUUCACUCCCAUGUUCCUGUUCCCCACCAAGCACCUCGAUGAAGAAGGACUCCGACAAACCCGCUACCCACUGCCCUGAGCCCAGUCUCUUAUGUGUUGUCGUAAGCGCCAGGACCGACGUCAUGCUUCUGGUUGAAGCUGUCGCUUUCACCGUCUUCUUUACGGCAGCUCAUUCCCAGCGUUUAGAAGGGGAGUUGUGUGAGGACAAUGGGCAAUCUUCAUUCUGUAAAAAACUUAUUGAAUGUCCAACAGCCCAAUCUGCCAUUAGGCAUGGUAAAAGACCUGAAAUAUGUGGUUUUGAUGGUAUUCUGCCUAUAGUGUGUUGUCCACCUUCUGCAGAAAUGGACACGACCACACUCAGAGAACAAUGGGGUAUAACAUCCACAGAAUCUUGGAAUUCUUUCCAACCUCCAACAACCAGAAGAAAUUCUAAUCGGCGAACUUCUAAAUCUAAACAAAUGUGUCAGAAGUAUGCGGAAUAUGUGUAUAGAAUUGUAGAAAGUCCUUCUUUACUUGAUUCUGGUGUUGAAAAAGUAAACGAGUGUGCACUCAUUGAAGAAACAUUGAUUGUUGGUGGGACUUUUGCUUCGUUAAAUGAAUUUCCACAUAUGGUGCAUAUUGGUUAUGGAGAAGAGCCAAGAAUAUCUUACCUAUGUGGAGGUAGUUUGAUCAGCGAACGCUUUGUACUCUCUGCAGCACACUGCACAAAACCAAGGGGUCUGGCAAAAUGGGCACGAUUUGGUAAUUUAAACCUACAAAACAGCAGAACUUUUAAACAGAUUAUCCUGAGAAUUAUUCGUCAUUAUAAUCACCCAGAAUAUGAUUCUGUUCGACUCUACAAUGACAUUGCCCUUUUCAAACUGGAAAAAGAUGUACCUCUCAGUCCAGAAAUCAGGCCUGUAUGCCUGCAAACAGAUUUUUCAUUUUCAAGUACUUCAGCUAUUGCCACAGGAUGGGGGCAUGUCAGUUGGGGUAUGGAAAAAGGUGGUUUUUCAAGUGAUCGCUUAAAAAAGGUAACCUUGAAUAUAGUUGACUCUGCUACGUGCAACAACUCUUUUAGGAGCAGCAUUGGCGGCAGUCAAUUACCAUAUGGGAUUUUAGAUAAAACAAUGAUUUGCGCUGGUGAUGAAAGAGGGAAAGAUGCAUGUCAGGGUGAUUCUGGUGGCCCACUGCAGAUUACUCUCAAAAAGCCGUAUUGUAUGUACUCCAUAAUUGGUAUAACCUCAUUCGGUAAAAAUUGUGGACAAAGUAUCCCGGGUGUGUAUACAAGGGUUAGCCACUUUAUUCCUUGGAUUGAAAGUAUAGUCUGGCCUUAAGCUUCAUAGUUUUAACUAUCUGUUCUUCUUUACUAUUAUUGUAUUAAGCUAGUCACUGUGAUUACUGAUUGAAGCAAUUGACUGUCACUAGUUUUAUAACUUAAAAUGGAAAUUGUGCCAUAUAUAUAUAUNAUAUAUA